UCAUGUUUAACAAUUCAACGACCUCAAGUUCAAAAACAACAGACUAGAGUUCAAACACGACACAAACUGAAGUUCAACAAUUGCCACAAACUCAAGUUCAACAAACUUAAGUUCAAAAAACAUCACAAACUCAAGUUCAAAACACCACAAACUCAAGUUCAAACACGACAAAAAACUCAAGUUCAACAAACACACAAACUCAAGUUCAACCAACACCUGAAUCUCAAGUUUAACAAUUUCCACAACCUCAAGUUCAAACACGACACAAACUCAAGUUCAAACACAACACAAACUCAAGUUCAACAAACACACAAACUCAAGUUCAAAAACGACACAAUCUCAAGUUAAAACACGAUACAAACUCAAGUUCAAAACACACAAAAACUCAAGUUAACCAAACACGCAAAUUCAAGUUCAAAAACACCACAAACUCAAGUUCAAACAUGACACAAACUCAAAUUCAACAAACGCAACAAACUCAAGUUCAAACACGAAACAAACUCAAGUUCAAAAAACACACAAACUCAAGUUCAAACACGACACAAACUCAAGUUCAACAAAAACCACAAACUCAAGAUCAACAAACACCACAAACUCAAGUUCAACAAACGCAACAAACUCAAGUUCAAACAUGAAACCACCUCAAGUUAAAAACACCACAAACUCAAGUUCAAACACGACACAAACUCAAGUUCAACAAACACAAAAACUCAAGUUCAACCAAUUUCCAAAUCUCAAGUUUAAAAAUUGCCACAACCUUAAGUUCAAAAACACCACAAAAUCAAGUUCAAACACGAAACAAACUCAAGUUCAACAAACACAAAAACUCAAGGUCAAAAACACCACAACCUCAAGUUCAAAAACAAUAGAAACUCAAGUUCAAAGAACACAAACUCAAGUUCACCAAACACGCAACUCAAAUUAAACACAACACAAACUCAAGUUCAAACACGACACGAACUCAAGUUCAAACACGAAACAAACUUAAGUUCAAAAACACCACAAACUCAAGUUCAAACACAACACAAACUCAAGUUCAACAACACACAAACUCAAAUUCAAAAACAUCACAAACUCAAGUUAAAACACGAACCAAACUCAAGUUCAAUAAAAUCACAAACUCAAGUUCAACCAGCACCUGAUUCUCAAGUUUAACAAUUUCCACAACCUCAAGUUCAAAAACAAAAAAAAACUCAAGUUCAAAGACAAUACAAACUCAAGUUCACCAAACACGCAACUCAAGUUCAACCAACACCUGAUUCUCAAGUUUAACCAUUUCCACAACCUCAAGUUCAAGAACAACAGAAAUUCAAGUUCAAAAAACACACAAACUCAAGUUCACCAAACACGCAACUUAAGUUCAAACACAACAGAAACUCAGGUUCAACAAACACAAAAACUCAAGGUCAAAAACACCACAAACUCAAGUUCAAACACGACAAAAAACUCAAGUUCAACAAACAGACUAACUCAAGUUCAAACACCUGAUUCUCAAGUUUAACAAUUUCCACAACCUCAAGUUCAAAAACAACAGAAACUCAAGUUCAAAAAACACACAAACUCAAGUUCACCAAACAUGCAACUCAAGUUCAAACACAACACAAACUCAAGUUCAAAAAAAUUCAAACUCAAGUUCAAAAACGACACAAACUGAAGUUCAAAGACGACACAAACUCAAGUUCAACAAACACACAAACUUAAGUUCACCAAACAUGCAAACUCAAGUUCAAAAACACCACAAACUCAAGAUCAAAUAUGUCACAAACUCAAGUUCAAAAACAACAAAAAUUCAACAAGUUCAACAAUUGACAGAAAACUUAAGUUCAAAAAACACACAAACUCUAGUUCAAAAACACCACAAACUCAAGUUCAAACAUGACAAAGUCAAGUUCAACCAACACUCAAAUCUCAAAUUAAACAAUAUCCAAAACCGCAAGUUCAAAAACAACAGAAACUCAAGUUCAAACACGCCACAAACUCAAGUUCAACAAACACACAAUCCUCAAGUUCAACAAUUGCCACAACCUAAAGUUCAGAAACACCCCCAACUCAAGUUCAAACAAGACACAAAAUCAAGUACAACAAACGCUACAAACUAAAGUUCAGUGAAAAAUACAGACUCAAGUUCAACAAUUGCCACAAACUCAAGUUCAACAAAUGACCUAAACUCACAUUUAACAACUGCCAAAAACUCAAGUUCAACAAACUCAAGUUCAAAAAUUGCCACAAACUCAAGUUCAAAAACACACAAACUCAAGUUAAAAAAAUGCUGAAACUGAAUUCAACGAACACCACAAACCCAAGAUCAACAAAUUCCAAAGUUUGAAGUUCAACCAACACCCAAAUAUCAAGUCUAACAAUUGCCACAACCUCAAGUUCAACAAACACACAAACCCAAGUUCAAAAACACCACAAACUCAAGUUUUUAACAACACAAACUCAAGUUCAAAAAACACACAAGUUCAAGUUCAAAAAACACACAAACUCAAGUUCAAACAUGAAACAAAGUCAAGUUCAACCAAAUCCCAAAUCUCAAGUUCAACAAUUUCCACAACUUCAAGUUCAAAAACAACAGAAACUCAAGUUAAAACACGCCACAAACUCAAGUUCAACAAAGACACAAACUCAAGUUCAA